CCCUCUCGGGGUGGAGCCUCCGCUCGCGCAGGUGCCGCGGGAGGGGGCCCGGGCCGGGCUCGGCCUCAGCCGCAGCGGCAGGACCGGGCUCACAGAAGCCUCGGAGGGCAGGCAGGAGCAGCCGAGCCUUGGGAGAAGGUACCGAUGCCGCUUGUUGGAUGGGUUUGGAAGCUGUGGCCAUGGAGCAGCAGAGUUUCCGGCGGGGGAGCUUCCAGAGCAGCACCAGCGAUGAGGACAUGCUGGAAAUAGCAGGAGCCCCUCUGGACUUCACCAUGGCAGAUGAUGACCCACCACUUGACAGGGAGAUGGCAGGCUUCUCCUCAUACAAUGGAGGAGGGAUGAAUGGCAGCAGCACAAUGAUGGAUUUCCUGGAGGAGCCUCUUCCUGGUGUGGGCACCUAUGAAGACUUCAACACCAUAGACUGGGUGCGAGAGAAGAGCAGGGACAGGGACAGGCACAGAGAGAUCACCAGCAGAAGCAAAGAGUCCACCUGGGCGCUGAUCCACAGCGUCAGCGAUGCCUUCUCUGGCUGGCUGCUGAUGCUCCUCAUUGGCCUCCUGGCAGGGUCCUUGGCAGGUCUGAUAGACAUCUCUGCCCACUGGAUGACCGAUCUGAAGGAGGGAGUCUGCUUGGCAGGCUUCUGGUUCAACCACGAGCACUGCUGCUGGAAGUCCAACACAACCUUCACCGACAGGGACAAGUGUCCCGAGUGGAUGAGCUGGUCCCAGCUGAUCCUGGGCCAUGGAGAGGGGGCCUUUGCCUACAUUCUCAACUACUUAAUGUACGUUGUCUGGGCCUUGCUCUUCUCCCUGCUCGCCGUGCUGCUCGUCAAGGGCUUUGCUCCUUACGCCUGCGGCUCGGGGAUCCCAGAGAUCAAAACUAUCUUAAGUGGUUUCAUCAUUAGAGGCUACCUGGGCAAGUGGACCCUGAUCAUCAAAACCAUCACCUUAGUGCUGGCAGUGUCCUCUGGGCUGAGCCUGGGCAAAGAGGGGCCCCUGGUGCACGUGGCCUGCUGCUGUGGGAACAUCCUGUGUCACCUCUUCACCAAAUACCGCAAGAACGAAGCCAAGCGCAGGGAGGUGCUGUCAGCAGCAGCAGCUGCUGGUGUGUCUGUGGCCUUCGGGGCGCCGAUCGGCGGAGUGCUCUUCAGCCUGGAAGAGGUCAGUUACUACUUCCCCCUCAAGACGCUCUGGAGGUCCUUCUUUGCCGCUCUGGUGGCCGCCUUCACCCUGCGCUCCAUCAACCCCUUCGGCAACAGCCGCCUGGUCCUCUUCUACGUGGAGUUCCACAUGCCCUGGCACCUGCUGGAGCUGGUGCCCUUCAUCCUGCUGGGGAUAUUCGGUGGGCUCUGGGGAGCCUUCUUCAUUCGCAGCAACAUCGCCUGGUGCAGGCGGCGCAAGACCACCAAGCUGGGCAGGUACCCGGUGCUGGAGGUGCUGGUGGUGACGGCCAUCACGGCCAUCCUGGCCUUCCCUAACGAGUACACCAGGAUGAGCACCAGCGAGCUCAUCUCCGAGCUCUUCAACGACUGUGGCAUCUUGGACUCCUCCCAGCUCUGCGAGUACGCCAACGACGUCAACAGCACCAAAGGGGACGACCUGCCCGACAGAGCCGCGGGCCCCGGCGUCUACACCGCCAUGUGGCAGCUGGCUUUGGCCCUGGUCAUGAAGGUCUUCAUCACCAUCUUCACUUUUGGCAUGAAGGUGCCCUCGGGUCUCUUCAUCCCCAGCAUGGCCGUGGGUGCCAUCGCUGGGCGGCUGCUGGGUGUAGCCAUGGAGCAGCUGGCCUUCUACCACCAUGACUGGGCCAUCUUCAGCGGCUGGUGCAGCCAGGGAGCCGACUGCAUCACCCCUGGCCUCUACGCCAUGGUUGGGGCCGCGGCCUGUCUAGGUGGGGUGACCCGGAUGACGGUGUCGCUGGUGGUCAUCAUGUUUGAGCUCACCGGGGGCCUGGAGUACAUCGUUCCCCUGAUGGCCGCCGCCAUGACCAGCAAGUGGGUGGCCGACGCCAUCGGGAGGGAGGGCAUCUACGACGCCCACAUUCGCCUCAACGGCUACCCCUUCCUGGAGGCCAAGGAGGAGUUCUCCCACAAGACCCUGGCCAUGGACGUCAUGAGGCCGCGGAGGAGCGACCCUGCCCUCACGGUCAUCACCCAGGACAGCAUGACCGUCGAGGACGUGGAGACCAUCGUCAACGAGACCACCUACAGCGGCUACCCCGUGGUGGUGUCCCGCGAGUCCCAGAGGCUGGUGGGCUUCGUCCUCAGGAGAGACCUCAUCAUCUCCAUUGAGAACGCCCGGAAGAAGCAGGACGGGAUCGUCAGCACCUCCGUGAUUUAUUUCACCGAGCACUCUCCUCCCCUGCCGCCGAGCUCCCCCUCCAUGCUGAAGCUGAGGAGCAUCCUGGACCUCAGCCCCUUCACGGUGACCGACCAAACGCCCAUGGAGAUCGUGGUGGACAUCUUCCGCAAGCUGGGGCUGCGCCAGUGCCUGGUCACCCACAACGGGAAGCUGCUGGGGAUCAUCACCAAAAAGGACGUCCUGAAGCACAUUGCACAGCUGGCCAACCAGGACCCAGACUCCAUCCUCUUCAACUGAAGGCAGCCCAGGAGCUGCUGCUGUGCUCAAGACAAGAGAGACACUUCUAGAAGACCCUGGGAUCUUCUCCCCUGUUUUUAUGGAGACCCUGGGACUGUUGUCAGCCUUUCCUCCCACGGAGCUGAAGAAGACAGUUGUUUGUUUGUUUGUUUUUCUACCAGAUAACCAAUUGCACUACAUCCUCUGUGGAGCUUCUAAAGCAGAUGAGAGAAGAGCAACAGGACCUUGAUUUACUUUGCUUUGAUGAAGUUGAGUUGGAGAGAGAUUCCAGGGAGGAGUAAAAGCAAAGAUGCUCUUGAAUUGUACCUCCUCUCCUUGUGUUGUUUGACCUCUGGUGGCCAAGCUCUGGUCUUCAGGAAUGCUGCAGGAGAAGGCUGAGUUUUGCACAUGGUGUUGGAGUGGUGGCAGGAGGAUGUGGGCCUCACUCAGGGGUGCUGCAUUCCCAGGGAGCCACUGGGUAAUAGUUAGAACCUCCUCAAGCCAAACUAUUGGCUGCCUGAGGGUGUUUUGCCCCAAAAGCCCUACCCCCCCCAACCCCAAGCACUCCCCCAGCCCCCAGGAUCAAUUUCCUUUAAACUGGGCCCAGUUUCUGCUUGGGAAGAAGUUGAUUUUGGUUCACCUGUGAAUGUAGCUUAACUCCUGCCACUGCCUUGCCAGGAGAGCCCCAAGGAGGGGCAGAGGGACCAACCCUGAUGUUCUCACCAUUAUCCCUUCUGCAGGUGGUGCUGGGGAUG